CCAAAAUGGAGGACAAGAAAUAUGCAAAGUGCCCGAAUUACUUGAAAACAUUUUAAAUUUAAUUUGCCAAAUUUUGCCAACGUUAGCAUUUUCAAGUUGAUAUAGCACGUAUAAAUAUUUCAAUUAUAAACUUAAAUUCGAAAGGGCAGAUUAAGUGAAUUAUGCAGACUCAAAGAAGACAAAAAACUGCAGCAGAAAUAUAACACUUUUAACAGGCAAAAUGUACAAAAACGAAUACCAGGGUGGACCGUACUUUGAAGUUUUAACACCACAAGGCAAAGAUUCACUUGCAAACUGGAAAUAUCCAAGUAAUGGAUUUAAAAAGGAAUAUGAAAAAGAAGUGAAGAGCUAUGUAUUUUAUAUUGAGGGAACGCCGGCUACUACAAAAAUACAGAUACCAAAGGAUCCAAAACAAUCCCUAACCCUGAUACAGAGGUACCUGAUAUUACAGUUGUUUGUUGGUAAAGGGCAAGACUUCUUGAUAGAACUUGGUGUAACAGAUUUAGGUAACAACAAAAGAAGACUUUUCCUAUCUACAACACAGAAAGAAACCCAAGUAGCAGCCUCAUUACAUGCCAGAGUUCCUCUUACUAUCAUGAAAAAACAUAAGUGGCUGAACUUGUGUAUUGAUAUGGUAUCAAUGGUAGGAGAGAUCUGGAGAGGACAAACAUACAAAGCUAUCGAGUCUAUUACAGUCUCAGCUAAUUGUAAAAUAAGACGGAUUUUCACAAUGAAAACACAGCCUCCUGAUACAGCAGGAGAUGAAGAACUGUAUGGCUGUCCAUCUAGCAAUUCAGGAGAGAUUGAUCAGAUUCCUAAACAGUUCCAGAUAGCGUCUGAUGUGGACCAAGUAACUCAGUUGCUGAAUAUAACAAAAAUAAAGCAUGCAGAAAGAUUAAAAUCUGGUGGGGAUGUUAGUCGUUCUUCCACAUUGGAUCUAGAUUUAAGUGGAAGAAGAUCUUCUUUUACUGAUACCAGCAGAUACCAUAUUGCUUUUGGUACCAAGGUUGCUGUCAACCCGACCAGUGCCCGAAAACAAAAAGAGCCUGGUAAUAAUACAAGUAGAGGUUACAGAAAUACUCAGUCUAGAAUUGAUGGCACUCAUUCAAGAGUUGAAGAUGGCUAUGGAGGAGGACAGGAUUUAUCGGCAAGUAUAGCCAGUAAAGAUGGCCUAAUGACAGAGGCAACAAAUCAAGUUUAUAGUGCUGGAUCAGUAAAGCAUGACCAUAAUAAAUCAGUAUUACACCAGAGACAGCAUUCUGAUCCACUAACCAAAGAAUCAUUAGAAAUGAUCUCUAGAAUAGAAAUUGACAGACAAGAUAAAAUGAUUGUACAGCCACAUCCACCUCGGGAACCUUCAUCAGACAGACACAAAAGGAGGCGGAUACGUGUUAAAAAUGGUCCAACUAACUCAAAUAAAGACAGAGUAAAUAGUGCUGGGUCUUUGAAAGAUGAAAAUCAGAAUUCAUCUCCACAGACUAAGUCACCACCAGAAGCUAGUCGUGUUCUAAGUCACUUAAGUCCAAACAGGCCAAGAAGGACAUCUUCUGAGUCUGAGUCCCUUAACUCAGGUUCCCCUAAUGAUUCAGGUGUAGAGAGUAGGCCAUCAUUCUCCAGCAAGGCAGAGGAUAUAUACACUAGAAAGAGUGGAGAAUAUAAUGUUAGAAAUUACCAAGGAGAUGGUAGAGAUAUGGAUGAAUCUGUAAGUAAUGUGAUAGCCAUGUUAAACAGAGAGGAUGUGUUAGAUAUACAUGGAGGUAAUUCUGCAGAAUCAGACAUUGAGGAUGAAGGUGGAGGAGAGUAUGAAGAAAGCGAUGAUGAAAUUGAGGAAGAAAAUAAUGAAAUGUUUUUGUUUGUAUCCAAGCCUAAGUCAGCACCCAAGAGGCGUUUAUCUCCAAACAACAUAGUCGAUAAUGACUCAGAUCUGAGUAAAACUAAUACAGUUUCAACUGCCAAAGGACAUAGAAGAGGAAAUAGAGCCACUCUGUCAAGAGGUCCAAAGCCUGAAGAUGAUUUUUAUAAUGGCAACCAGUCAAGUAGUGAUGAAAAUGACAGUAAACUUAGAAAAAAACUACCAGGGUCCAGGCCAGCUAGUGGCUCAAAUAGUAGACCCCAUAGUGGUUCAAAUAGUAGGCCACAUAGUGGCACAUCUCUGGGUCGUCCAAGCAGUGGCACAUCAUUGAGUCGACCUGGAAGUGGUACCUCAGGAGGAAGGCCACAGAGUGGCACAGUUGUACAUAGACCUAAUAGUGGCACAUCUAGUGCUGGUGCUAGUCCACAAACUUCUAGUGAUAAACGGAUAUCCAAAAAUAAAACGGAGAAGAAAAUUUCUAAAAAUAUUGCCUCUAAAAAAGGCAGUACUACAGACACAGGAUUUUCUGAAAUUAGUGUGGGAUCUAAAACUUCUAAAGAUACAAAAUUAAAUCUGAAACCUUUGCAAAAUGGACCUAAAAAGGCCAGUGGUAGUCCAGAAUUAAGUGCUAGUCAAUUACAAGAUCCUUUAGAAGCUACUCUUACAAAUAGAAGCAUUUCACGCAUGAGUCGGAAGUCUUUAAGGGAAAUUUCUCAGGCGGAUGUAAGAAAGUCGUUAGCAAAAUCAUCUGAGAAACCAUAUGAUUUUGCUAAAUACCAAAUAGCAGAAAUAACUGAUUCAUUCGAAGCCAGAAUGUUUGAAAGCAUGAAACGUCAGAAUGAGGACGCCAUGGAAGAUGUGGUGCCAUCGCCGAGAAAAACUAAUUCUAUCAGUCCAGCAAAGGGUUCAACCAUCAAUAUUCCAAUACAAGGAGAUUGUCCUACUCUUGGUAAUGGUGUAUUAUAUGACCUCUCACCUCAUGCUACAAGUGAUGAAGAUAGCACAUGGCAGGCACCUCCAAACAAUCCACAUAAUUUCCAAGAUGAAAUGAAAGGAAGAUUAAGCACAGACACCAUGUCAUCCAAUCCAAGGGAUUGGAGUGGUGUAUUUAGUCCACCCAUAAUAUUACCUCAUGAACUUGCCAAUUCUACAGAAGAUUUUUCCAUCAGCAGCACAUCACCAACUAAAGAUCAGAUUACAGGAAGAACACAAGACACAGACAAUGAAGAAGAACUAGAUCUGAUGUAUGAUCCAUGUCUAAACUGUUAUUAUGAUCCUAAUACUUGUAAAUAUUAUGAACUGAUAUGAAUUACUCAGUCUCACCGUUGUAAAGUCAAUGUCAUCCAUCUAAUCACCAGAGAUUAUAAAAAUCAAUUGAAUGCAUGAUCUGUAUGUGAAGUAGGAUCUUUUAAAAUUGUAUGCAAUGUUCUUACCAAGCAUUUCCUAUGACCCUUGUACUGUGUUAGAAUGAAACUUCAUUUUAUUGAUUGUAGAAUACAAGUCAUUACAGCAUUGAUAUAAAUAUUGUUAUGCAAACACUUAGACUUAUAUAUCAACCUUAAAAUUGUUCCAAUCCUUAUUGCAAAUCUGCACCUUAGAUAUUCCUGUAUCAAUAGGUGUUGAUUUCUGAAUGCAAUAGUAUAUCUGUCAAUGUUUGAGAACCUAUAAAUUGUGAUAUGUGCCAUAUUUAUCUGUGAUAUUUUUAUUUAUGUAUGUGUAGUAUUUGUUGGAAUUCAUUUUGUUGAUGAAGGUUUUCUAGUAUGUUGUUACUGCGUAAAGGUUACAAGUAAACUUGAUGCUCUGAUAAUAGAGGGAGUAUUAUAUUGCAGUAUUUAAUGCAUUUAGCAUGAUUUCAGCAUUAUCUACUUUUGUCAAAGCAUUGGAUUUUUAAUUCAAAAGAAUUUUAAUGUCAAGAGUCCACAGGAUCAGCAAAAUUUAUUCAAGUUAAAAGAAAAGUAAACGGGUGAUGUCACAUGAUUUAACGGUCUUAUUUGCUACCAGUGAAUAAAACUUCAUAAAAUAGAUGCACAGAAAUCUGUUUAAAAUAUUUCCUUUAAAUCUCCUUUGUAUAAAUUUUUUCUUUGGAAUUGAUAUAUAUUGUUGCCAGAUAUAUUUUUGUUUUGAAAUUUUAAAACAAUUGUAGGUUCACCAACUUUGUUUUUGGUGUAUUUAUUAUUCCAAAUUUUCACAAUAAUCAUUUUGUUAAGCGUUCAAACAUAGUUCUUAAAAGUUUUUCAGCAUGAAUAAUGUAAUAGAGUUGUUGGUACAUCAAAAACAAAGUGAGUGGCCCUAUGAUUAUAUAUCAAUAACAAACAAAUAAUUAAGCAACUACUUAAAUUAGAAAAAAUCUAUUGAUGAUUCAAUCAUAAUUUUAAUGUUUUUCACAGAGUUUAUACAAAAUGCAUCAAAUUAAGAAAUUCAAGUACAAUAUUGAGAAAAUAAAAGUGAUAAGAGUUUAACAUGCCAAAUGUUUAUGAAAGAUCUGAGAGAUGAUCCGUUUAUUGUAAAUUUACCUUUAUAUAGAUGUUUUCUUCUUGUUGAGGAUUCCACAAGAUAGGUACACAAAAUGUAGUGUUCUAUUGACUGGUAUUAUAGAAAUUGUAGGACUAGCAUGUAAAUUAUUUUUAUACAAUUCUAAAAUGAAAAAAAAAAUAUCACUUUCCAUUUUAGUGAGUGCCUGUACACGUUUUCAACCAGUAAAGAAAGCCACAAAUUAUUUCUUAUAACUUUUUUUCAACUGAAGGCCAUUAUAAUAAUUUGGUUUUCAGGUCUACAUACAUUAAAUUUAGGUGCCUGAAAUACCAUUUUGAUGUGCCUGAAAUUAUUGAAUGGGGUUCAUGGUACACUGAAAUUUUAUAUUGUUGGUGAAUGAACAUCUACCCCCACCAACACACAUUCAACUAUUGAAGAGCCUUGGCAGUUCUCUUAAGCACAACAAGAGAGUACUUUGUUGCUUAGUCAUUAUAAAUAUAUAUUUAUGUAUGAAAUAUUACUGCAAAUACAAAUACACCACAACAAAAGCUGUCUGGAAACAGUUCUCAGUUAUUUCUAUUAGUUUGACAAAAGUAAAUUUUCCUAGUGUGAACAACACUUUGCAAUAAAAUGCAACUAUUAAAUAUGUAUUGGUUUUAUCAUAAUUUCAACUUGUUUUAAAGAUGCAUUUUUUCAUAGCUAUGUACUCAGUAUAAUUGUGAACACUUCAGCACAUCAAGAUAAGUGUUAAAUCAGUUAAUGAAAUAUAGGUAGACUCAUAUGCUUGCAAGAUGUGAAAGGCUGUGCCAACAUUGUUGUAAAUGUGUAGACCUUUUGUAUAAAGUAUGUGUUUAUAUUUCUUUAAACUGUGAAAGUACUUUAAUUCAUGUGUAUCAGUUUUUGUGGUUUGAGCAAUAGUUACAUGUUCAUGGGUUCUUAAAUUCAUGGAUUUUAGUUUUUAUGAAAAAAAAUCGAGUGGGGAAUUUGAAGACAUCAGAAACGUAGAUUCUUGAAAAUAAUCAUAAGUUGUUUUGAAAUGAUUUGUGGGACAUUGCAAAAUAAGGUGUUCAUUUUCACUUACUUGUCUUUCAUUACUGACAACAUUCAUCUAAUUCUAAAUAAAAUAAUUGCUUUCCGAAAUAAACUGAUUCAUUUUUACUUUUGUCUCAAUUGAAGGAAAUUGCAAAGUAAACAUUUUGAUUGUUGCACAUGUGUAAUUCGAAGUCAUGACACUAAUUAAUCCGAGAUUGAAUGAUCAACAGAUUAACAAUCAUCAAAGGGUAAUUCAGCCAUAAACAGGUCACUUAAAGAAAACGGUUACAUACAAAAUGCUACAAAUGUACCUUGAAUUGUAGAAAUAAAAAAAGUAAAGCCCAAUAUGAAAUUCUUUUUUUUUUGGCGUAUGAGAAUUUUGAGGAGAUAAAAUGAACACUUCAUCAUCGGAAACUCAUUUUUCAUGAGAAUUAAAAGGUUAAGAGUUGUACAGUCUAGGUUUUUUAAAGAUUGAAGUUAUAUAUGUAGUUCAUAGUGCAUUUGCUGAUAUACCAUGUAUUUUUUAGAUUACAUGCCCGUAUCCAUGUAGUCAAACCUAAAUGUGAAUUUUUCCAUGUCUAUAUUUGGAUAACAGUUGGUAUAUUUCAUUGGAUACUUAAAUUCGUGGAUAAAGCCAUCCAUGAACACCACGAAAAUUGGUACCCCACGAAUAUAAGUACUUUCACAGAAGAUCACUGGUCACUUAAGUUACAAAUGCUUCAGUGACAAUGACACCAUAUAGUAUUAUGUAAUUACAUUGUUGAAAUGAAAUGUGAAAACAAAGAAUAAAUAAAUAUAAAAACUAC